AUUGGCUUUUGUUAGUCCACUACUAGUCUACAUUUUGUAGAGGACACGCUCAAGUCAUGGACAUCCGCGUUAUUAAUUCUCUCACAUACGAGGAUUUCGUGAAUAUAUUUGGUAAUGUGGUUGAGAAAUGUCCUCUUAUAUCAGCUGCAAUAUGGUCACAUCGGCCAUUCAAAGACUUAGAAGACGUCGAGACUCACAUAACGGAAUUCAUUCACAGUCUUUCCGACUCAGGUAAGGAGGGCAUCUUGCGGUGUCAUCCUGAUUUGGCUGGCAGAGAUCUGCAGACUGGGGCAUUAACACGAGAGUCUCAGGAAGAGCAGAGUCAGGCCGGCAUGACCACAUUGGAUUCUCGUGAGAUUCUUGACAUGUAUCGUCUGAACGCGGAGUACAAGGAGCGCUUCGGCUUCCCUUUUAUCAUUUGUGUGCGCCUGAACAAGAAAGCGGAGAUUCUGCGGCAACUGUCUGAACGCCUCAAGAAUGAUCGUGCAGCGGAGAGAGAAAGGGCAAUAGAAGAGGUCAAAAAAAUAUGCAGCCUCCGGUUACACAGUAUUGUCCUAUCUGACAUGCAAACCAAAUUGUGACACAAGUGAUUGUAGCUGAUUGUGUUAGAUCCGUAAUAUUUGGUUUUAAAUAAUAAGAACACACACACAAAUUUUGGUGAAAUAGAAAGGUUGAAUGUUAAAGGAACCAUUCAGCUUUCAAUGCUUUUUCUAUGGCAUCAUGAAACACCUUUACUUUUAUAUGUAAAAUUACAGAUUCAUUAUGUUUGUUUGUUAAAGGAAGGUUUUGUUUUAAAUAAACUUUGGGUUAUGAGAGUUAUAAAAAUGAUUA